AGUGAAUCUCCAUUUAUUAACUUUUGAGUCUUUAAUAGUGUAGAUGAUGAGAUUAAUAUUCAACCAUUUUAUAAUAUGAAAUUAAGGACAAUCAUGAUUGUAAUGAAUGGAUUAUUAAUCAAUAUGAAAUGAUAUUAUGAAGUAGGCUAAAUCGAGUAGUUAGUAUCGUAUUAACUUAUUAACCGAUUAGCGCUUGAGCCCCCUAAUUCAAAUUAUUUUAUAAAAUUUUGUGAAGGGCCCCUUCUAAUGCAAAUUCCUGGCUGCGCCACUGCCUAUAGCAACUUGGUAAUGUGUGUGAAACACCCCCUCCUUUUGUCGUUUAGACUAUCGGUUCGCUUGUAUUAAUAAAAUAAAAAAUAAAAUAAAAGAUAAAAUUAUAAAUAAAACAAAACACAUAUUAAAGCCUAACUGUUAAUAAUGGAUCCAACAUAAGAUCCAGCCCAAGCCCAUGAAUAAAGCCCCCGAAAACGGUUGGACCCAAUUUUAAACACGUUAAUGCGUUAUAGGUUUUUUCCCGGCAAACCGUUGGUCUCUCCACCUUCAGCUUUACACGAGCGGCAUAGUCUCUUUCGUCAUUUUCUGUACCCAAUAGAAGUGUAGGCAAGCUUUUGAUCUUGGCUCUCCUGUGCUUGCAUCUUACCUGUUUUAUUGCCGAGUAAGCCGUCUCAAAUGGUUGGUCGUUCAGUUCAUAUUUGAAAGCAACAAAUUGCACGCCAUGUGUUCGAUGUAUUGUCUUACCGAAUUCAAUGCCCUUUUACUAUUGCAGUUUUAACUUCGGAGCGUCAACUUGAAGGGUUAUUUGAGGUUUUUUUUUUCCGAGGUCACAAUGGCCUGUAGACAUGUAGACAGGUUAAUACAUGGUGCAAGGCAUCUAAUGGCUAAGCGAAAGGGAGCUGUCCAUUUGAAUGGGAUGCUACAUCAUUGCUCAGAGGAGUCUCAUGGAGAGCCUAUGCCCCGAGAAUGGUAUCAAAAGGAAUUCCCCAAGUUAACAAAACUAUCCCAAUUGUUAAAAAAUGUCGAUUUGGUUGAUGGAAGGCUUGUUAACAUCAGUGAUGGUUCAAUUAUCAUGGAUGACCGUAUUGAACACAGAAUGCUUACUUUCAAGUCACUUGCCAGGGAAUUUAUUGGUUCUCCAUUAGUUCAGCAAACGUUAAAGAAUGAUGUCGUGGCGUUGUCAGGUGGUAGAAUCUGUAAUCAAUUUGUGUGUUUCAGUAAACCAAAUGAAAGAGAGCCCAUGGUUGUAAAAACACUCUCCGUAGUAAGUGGCUUUCUGAACAUCACUGCUCAACAAAGACAGUCAGUACGUGUUACAUUAUCUCCACAGAUUACACAGCACCGCAUAUGGACUGGGACGCUUGAGGAGGUACUGAAUGGAUUGAAAUCUGAGUUGGAAUAUUUAGAUCAUCGGUGCCCAAGCAAAGGGACGAAGAUGGGACAGCAGAUAGUUGCUAGCUGUCUGAAGUUCUUGGCUGACACAUCCACAUCCAUUUCAUAUGAACAUGAUUGCUCUUCAUGGACGCGCCUAUCGCCUGCAAAAGUUACAGACUCUUCUGGUUUGCAAAAAUGGGAAGAUGUUCUCGAGAUGUUCAACGACCUCAUUGAUUGUUUGAAAAAUGAAAGGGAGUUACUUCUUUACGUAGCGAAGCUUAAGGUCUUGAAAGAGGGGCUGUCUCAGAUCAAGGAUGUGUUGACUGAUAGAAAUAUAGGACACAAGGAAGUUCGGCAUCAAGAAAGCCUAGUGCAGAAGAAGCUGACAAAGACAUUGGGUCAUUCGUCCAAGUGCCUGUUCACACUUAUGUUAUAUUACCUCUUUGGGCAUGUUAGAGAUAUUGAAGUGGACGUACGUGGCGGCAUUUAUAGCAGCGGUAGUGAGAACGAUUUCUGCUUGUGCAUGGGAAGGAUUGUGACUUCAGAUGAGGAGGAGAUGGUUUGGAGCGGGGUGAGGCAGUUGGACAGGGCUCUUGGACUUUUCAAGUUUGUAUGGGAAACAGCAGGGAUGAAAGGAGCUUUACAACUGCAAGGGCAUAUAUGGUGCGUAGGGGCUGAAGGCAGAACACUUACAUAUAGAGGAAACACAUUUUUCGUCCAUGGGAUUCAUGUUUGACGAACACUUGUCUUAGAAUAUGAGUUCAACUGCAAGGGCAUAUAUGGUGCACGGGUUUUCUAUUUUAUUUGCAGCUUCAUCAAUUCCUUCCAUUUUCCUCCUGAUCAUCAUGCGCGGUGAUUCAAAUAUUUCAUAAUGAACAUUGAAAUGAGAUGCUACAAGCAAACUUAUGAAAAGAAACAGAAUAUACCAAAAAGACAA